AUACAGGAGUCUGGCUGUGGGUGUGCAGUACUUCACAGUGCAAUCAUGAGAGGAGUCUACAUGGGGUCUGGCCUGUUUGUGUCACACAGCUACAACUAACAGAGCUUUUGUUAUGAAGAUGAGACUUCUGGGGAGGACCUGUUUCAUUGUCUUGAGUUUGCUACCAGCUGUUUCUACACAAGGGUAAUGAAGAUGAGAUUCCUGGGGAAGACCUGUCUUAUUGUCUUGAGUUUGCUUCCAGCUGUUUCUACACAAGGUGGAUGGCGUGUCGUUGGCUCUGAUCAGCCUGUCAUUGCUGAGCCUGGUGAUGAUGUCAUCCUGCCCUGUCACAUUUCACCCAGAGUCAGUGCUGUGGACAUGGAAGUGAGGUGGUUCAGGGAUGCAUUUGAAAAACCAGUCCAUUUAUAUCGUUCCCGAAAGAAUAUUCUAGGAACACAGGACAGCGACUACCGGGGCCGCACUGCUCUCUCUCCCUUAGCACUGCAGACAGGCGAUAUCUCUCUGCAUCUGAGAAACCUCCAGCCCUCUGAUAGAGGUGUCUAUACCUGCUUAGCUGAUGAUGGAAGUCAGUAUGAUGAAGGACAGACUGAAGUGAUAGUUGCAGCUCUGGGGACCCAGCCCUCAAUCUCUAUGGUCUCUACACAAGGAGAGCAGACCCGGCUGGUGUGCAGAUCAGAGGGGUGGGACCCUGAACCUGAAGUGAUCUGGAGAGACAGGGAUGGAAACGAUGUGACAUCACUGUCCAACACAACACUGCUGAGAGUCAGUCAGGGGCUCCGCAUUGUCAGCAGCUACAUCAAAAUCAAACAGCAGUCCAACGUGUUCUCCUGUCUGGUUAGAAGUAAAAUACCCAAACCAGACUGGGAAUCCAAACUCCACAUAUCCAGUGAUUUUUUCCCAGGAGUCUCUGGAUGGAUGGUGGCUUUCUUCUUGACUUUAGCUCUCAGUAUUGGAGCCAUUCCUCUGCUGGUGAUCCAAUGGAGAAAAAUGGAUGCCAUGGAGAGACAGUUUGAGCCUAUGGUGUCUGUGAAGCGAGAGGUCCUUAAAUCAGAAUGGAAGUGGAUCCUCAGCACAGCAGGACAGUAUUCCUCCCUGCUGUCCAGCGGCACAGAUUUAGACUCUUCCUCAGACUGCGCUGCGAACUAAACCAGGCAACAGAGCCGCGUCCACAGCAGCAGAAGAGUCACCAGCAAUGAGACACGCCAAGGAGUGCGCUGCUCUGUGAGACUCGAGGGGACGCGUUAUCAAAGCGCUUCCUCCAGGCUUUAAUUAACUGCUAUUGAUUUAAAAAAGGACAAGACAUCAUGUUAAUGUUACAACAUGAAAAACUAAACACACUGAGAGUGCUGAAGAGGGCUUGAAAUACAGUGUAUUACUCAGCUGUGUGGUUCUAGUUUUGUAAAAUGAACAGGUGGUUUACCUCUUUAAAAUAAAUAGGAGUUAAUUAAAGACUGGCGUAAAAGCUUUGAAAAGAUGUCCUGAGGUGUCUUAUUGUGAUUAAAAAGCGUCCCAUUCCACAAGAAAAACCUGAGAGGCGUUAGAAAACUAAAGCUCUUUGAAUGAAAUGCUUUAUAUUAUAUGAACUCUGGACUCUUGACCGGAGGGUCGUGGGUUCAAUCCCAGGUGGGGGACACUGCUGCUGUACCCUUGAGCAAGGUACUUUACCUAGAUUGCAUAACUGUAUAAAUGGGUAAUUGUAUUUAAAAAUAAUGUGUAAAAAAUAACGUGAUAUCUUGUAACAAUUGUAAGUCGCCCUGGAUAAGGGUGUCUGCUAAGAAAUAAAUAAUAAUAAUAAUGAAUAAUUACCCAGUGGAGUGACCGAGCAGGUAAAUAAACUAAAUGUAUUGAAUGAAUAAUGAAAUCAGAUCAUAUAUGUCAGAGAACCUAAGAAACCACGUAAAUGAAAUGAAAGGAUGAAUGAAAACUAAAGGUCUGAUUUCUUCAGUUACAUGUUUUCAUUGUAAAAAGUCACUCUCUUUUGUUUUGUUUUAGUAUUAUAAAGGCAUCACAGAAACCUUGUUCAUGCCUAAUACCUAAUGAAAGCAGUGAAGCAGCACAGUAGAUCUGCACGCUGGGUAGAAGGGCAUCACUGGUAUGCAGAGCAGAGAAAGACCAGCAGAAGCAACAGGACCAGCUUGCAUUGUAGAUAUUUCAAAUGAAUAAUUAUUCAUUGUAUUGAAGAAGACUGGCCGCUCCCCUUGCUCAGAGCAGCCAUUUUAAAUGCAGUUAUCUGUUUAUAAGCACAGCGCCAUGGCAACAGACAUCAUGCUGUUCAUGUUCAGUA